GAUGUAACACUUGAGCUAGUCCUGGCUUAGAGCAUUCUAUUUUUCUGCUCCUCCGUCUCCCUCACUUAGUCACCUUGUACCUCAGCGGCAGAGAGCUAUGGAAGGGGACAACAAAAGAGAGGAAGGCCUUGCUCUCCUGGUGAUCAUGGUCCUUGCCGUCCUUUCCCUCGCCUCCCUUCUCGUCGCUUUCAGCUAUUAUUGCUACAUUAGCAACAAGGUCGCCAAGCACCUCAAGUCCCUCAGCAGCAAGGGGAAGAAUGAGGAGAGGGAAAAGGCUGGCCGUGGGAGCAGUGCGGUAGGCGGCGGCGAAGCGCCAAUCGUGGUGAGCGAGAGAGGGGUGCAGGUGUUCACAUACAAGCAGCUCCAUGCGGCCACGGGUGGUUUCGGGAAGGCCAAUGUGGUGGGUCACGGGAGCUUCGGAUCCGUCUACAGGGGAGUGCUGCCCGAGGGGCGCAAGAUCGCCGUCAAGCUCAUGGACCGCCCCGGGAAGCAGGGGGAGGAGGAGUUCAAGAUGGAGGUGGAGUUGCUGACGCGGCUUCGCUCGCCGUAUCUGCUGGGGUUGAUUGGUCGCUGCUCGGAUGGUGGCCACAGGCUUUUGGUGUACGAAUUCAUGGCUAAUGGUGGGCUUCAGGAACAUCUGUACCCCGAUGGUGGUUCUUGUGGUAGCAUUUCAAAAUUGAAUUGGGAGAUAAGAAUGAGAAUAGCUCUUGAAGCUGCUAAAGGUCUGGAAUACCUUCAUGAGCAUGUCUUUCCACCCGUCAUUCAUAGAGAUUUCAAGAGCAGCAACAUCCUUUUGGACAAAGACUUUCAUGCUAAAGUGUCGGAUUUUGGAUUAGCGAAGCUUGGAUCUGACAAAGCUGGAGGCCAUGUUUCCACAAGAGUUUUAGGCACACAAGGAUAUGUUGCCCCAGAGUAUGCUUUAACAGGGCAUUUGACAACUAAAUCCGACGUAUAUAGCUAUGGAGUUGUGCUCUUGGAGCUGCUGACCGGUAGGGUUCCAGUGGACAUGGAGAGGCCUCCAGAGGAACGUGUUCUUGUACCUUGGGCUCUGCCUUGGCUCACCGACAGAGAAAAAGUUACACAGAUCAUGGAUCCUGCACUGGAAGGUCAGUAUUCUGGGAAGGAUGCCGUUCAGGUGGCUGCCAUUGCUGCCAUGUGUGUGCAACCAGAGGCUGAUUACAGGCCUCUGAUGGCAGAUGUAGUGCAGUCACUGGUGCCUCUUGUGAAGAAUAGGUCGACCACAAAAGCUUGCAAUUCCUCUAGCUUUCAUGCAUCCAAGUCUCCAGCAAAACCUGAAUAUGGUAACUCCUGCGCCUAAAUUUGCAAUCCAAGAUUUUGCCAAUGAUAGAUGAUUGUUCCAAACCGUAGAAGAAAGUUAGAAAUGAUUUCCAGCAUUUAAUGAACUUGAAAACAUUUUGUAGCGGCCUAACAAGUGUAAAAGAGAGUAGGCUAGGGUGGCAUGGCUUUCUUUCGUCUUCUAAAUGUUAACGGAAAUCAGGACUGCAAGGGGAAAUGUGGAAUUUAGAGUCCUUGCUGGGGCUCUUAUGUCUCAUGUCAUGUUUAAUUGACUGGUAUGUUAUGACCUUGGUAAUCUCGUUUCUGCUAGAGUUGAAGAAAAUUUUUGUACGAGAUGUUAAAAUACAGGAUAACAGCAUUUCAGAA